GCCACGAGUUCACUAUGGUUCCGUCGACAUAAUCAACAUACUAGAAUCGAGUCCCAGUCCUUUGCGCUCUGGUGACGAGAUAACGAUCAGAUCCCCAGAUGAACUACACGAGGAAGGCUGUAGUAAGCCGGGAAACAGUCAUCAACAAACUAUCGAUGAACCACUUCUGGAUGAUCUUGAAGCAGCGCG